AUGCCAGAUGGUAAUGAUCAUACCACACACAAAACAAGCACGCAUUCUUUCCAAGGAAGAAAGAACAAGCUUUCCGUAUGGAUGAAGAAGAUAAUACAACCGACGAAGGACACAACUACAUCCAAUAAUGCAUCCAAGAUAAAGACCUCGAGAUCAACUGCACCAAGCCACAUGAUACCCUAUGCCAAUGACAGGAAUGCCUCCUCCUCGCCAACUCUCACAAAUACAAAUACAAACAUAACGCAUCGGAUCGAACAACAAUCCACAAGUAAAAACGUAAAGACUAAAUCCAAGAGCAGGAGAUCAAAAGCAAAAACGUAUGCUCCCUUAACGGAAGCAUCCAGUGAUUCAGAUACAGCCACCAUCAAUUCAUCGCUACGACCUUUGUACCCGAUGGACAACCAUCAUAAUUUUCCCAAAGUGAGAACACCAUCAGCCACAAAUAUCAUCGAUGAGAAUUUAUCAAUGAAAGUUUUAUGGAGUAAGGAACCCGAGAGGAUAAAAUCAGAUCCUGAAUUGGAUAAUUCAAGUGUAUCACCACUGUUCUCGUUUUGUUCUACGGCAUCCAUCAAGUCUUCCACCUUCUCAUCGGAUAUUUAUUCUUUGCAAUCAACAAGACCCACUGUCAUGUCUGUGCGAACUAUGGAGACUAAUUCUAGUACUGUGCCAAUCCCAUCGGCAAGUAUCUUGGAGAGAGCAAGACCAUCCACGAAUUCAACGGCAACUACAACAACUCCAUCAUCAAUGAGCAAUUCAAUAAGGAAUACAACGACCGCCACGAACAAUAACAAUAACGCAUCCUUACACACAUGUGACAGUGUAUCGACCAAAAAUUCAUUGAUCACUUUAAAAUCAUAG